AGACUGGGCCAAGUGUGGGAGGCACUGAGCACUAGAGGGCCAAAAGCUCGCCACGAAGGUAGUCUUAAAGCAGACGUAAGUGGGGGUGCACGUCUGAGGUGGCAACACUACCUGAAGCCUCUGUUUGGUCUACCAGAACACUGGGUCGCGAUGGCGGCGGCGUUCCUGCUAGGGGCGGUGCUGGUACUGGCUGCUUCCACUACAGCAGAAGUGAUAGACCUCUCUUAUACCUACAAUGUUGACGCCCCCACCUCCCCACAGCUGUCCCCCUUCACCCACACGAUAAUCAAAAAAGGACUCAAUAAGCUCAAUAUUUGGGUAGAGCUGAAUGAUUUCUGCAGUUCGGAGCAUUCCGGAACCCACAUCGACGCUCCUGUCCACUACUCCCAACAUGGCUGGACUGUUGAUGCUGUUCCCAUCGCUAGGCUCUGGAGAGUUCCAGCUGUGGUUGUUGACGUGUCCAAAGAAAUCACACAAACACAAGACAAGAACUACGAGGUGAAGGUGAGGGACUUGGAACAGUGGGAGGAAGUCCACGGCACCAUACCUGACGGCGCGCUCGUCCUCUUCCGUACUGGCUGGGCCACUAAAGUCAAGAAUAUAAGGGAAUAUGCUGGUCUUGAUCAACAGAACAAUCGGAAUUUUCCAGGUGUAGGUAAGGGCGCGGCAGAGUGGUUAGUAAAACACAAGAGCAGACACAGCUACGAGACAGGUGUUGUGGGUGUGGGCAUCGACACACUCUGCCUGGACAAGGGUAGCACUGUCAGGCUUCCAGCUCAUGUGACAUUCUUCCAGAAUAACAUCUACGGUCUCGAGAAUUUGGCCAACCUUGAUAAGCUACCGGAAACUGGUUCUUACGUGACGGUGAUGCCUUUGAAGAUAGGGGGAGGAAGCGGUUCUCCAGCCAGGAUCGUCGCCGAAGUGGGGGAAAUACCUCCUGGUGUCUCCAGAGCCUUCUCAACCCUACACACCACCUCCGUCCUGCCUCUUUUGGUGUCAGCGGCACUGAUGGCUCGCUGGUUUCUCAUUGAGUAGAAUAGUAGUCACCGGGAGGAGAAGAAUCCUCUUCAUAAUUUGCACGAAUCCUGAAGUAGUAGAAGAAGGAGGAAAAGAAGAAGACAUACUCCAUUUUACUUCGUGAAAAAAUUCACUUCUUAUAAGCCAAACUCCGCAGUUCUUAAGUAACAGUUUGUUACAGGAUGAGUCACAGUAUCCUACCUUAACAGGUAGUCAUCUAACUCAGAUUGGGAUGGACUACUUUUCGGUUUGUUCUAGGACCAUUACCAAGUUAUUUGCUAUCUGUUAAUAGUCUAAAGUGGACCCGUUUGCUGACCAGUUCGCGCUUCAGAUUUGUGUGUUAGUACAUUCUACUGUACUUGUGAUCCGAUAUAAAGACUGGCUGCUAAUACAAAUUAGUGUAAAUAUAUUUAUUGGGAAGUGCUAAACCGUAAACCGUAAGGCAAUGGGAAGCAAUCAGGUUAGAUCCAAGAAAGGGGAUAAAAUGUCCAACCAUUACAGAGAAACUAAGAGCUGAGCAAGCUCGAGAAGAGUGAAACGUUGUCACUAAAUGUGUUUGUAUUACCUUCUGGGAGCUAUGCCUUACAUUUCUUUUACUUGAGGGAAGUAAUUUAGUAUUCCUCUAUUCUAAUUUUGCUCCAUAGUCUAAACUAAACUUCUCCUCUCAUUACGUCUGUUGAUGGUUCGUCUGGUAAACAUGGCGGUCUGGUAAAUACCCUGUAAAUAAUACCUUCUGAGCAUCACUGAAAUACUGAAGUUUGUGUCAUUGUUGCUGAAACAGGUUACUUAAAAUGGCGUGGGCUUUAGAUUUACUAAAAAAAAAAAAAGAAUAAAAAAAAAGAAAGGUAGUAGCUUUUAUAUUUGCCUUUACGAAAGACUCAAAACACUAUCAUACAUUUUCUGAAAUAAUUUCUUGUGAUAUUUCUCUCAAAAUGCAAUUAAACUUUUUAUUGCUUACUCAGUAAAGACAUAUGUCAAUCAGAAAA